CUCUCAGCUGCUCACGGUCCGGAGCUGGACUCUCUGACUGAAGCCUCCGACAUCUUUCACUUUGACUCCUUUUUAUUCCUUUUUACAAAUGGCCUCACCUGCUUUGUCCGUGGUGAAGAUGACUUAACUUCGAGGGAGCCUCUGCUGGCCAGGGAUCAGCUGAAGUGUGAGUGACGCCCUGUUACUUCUGCCACUACGUCUUCAGCACUUGAGGUUUGCUCUGCAGAUGGGAGGUCACCAACCGGUCGCCUGUUUCGCCCAAAUGCACGAAAUGCCCUCCACCCUCGUCUAAGAUGGCCGCCCACUGACUUCUUCUUCACCCACACGGAUUGGAGCAGAGCUGCGCGCUACCAUGGUGAUCAUUUUAUCCAAAACACUGGAAAAGAAGAAGGGUGUCAAUGAUGUAAGAUCCAAGAGCAUCGAGAGACGGCUGAGCGAGCUCCGCACUAUGAGCAGAGGCACCACCCUCUUCUCCUGUGGAUCUGUGGAGGCAGACAGGUGGCUGGACCUGGGGCGAAGCUGUGCCAUCCAGCAGAGAGCUCCCUGCCAGGCUGGUGCCGGUCUGGAAAGCCUGUGGGAUGUGAUGCCUGAGCCGGGCAGCUGCCACUGGGCCAGGGAGCCCGGCAGCGCCACGGCAAUCACCAGUCUGAUAAGGGAUCUCAGCAUAGUCAACGGCAGCCUGGCCAGCCCCCCCGCCCACACUACGUCCACCACCGCACACUACACCACUACAGCCACCAGCCAAGCUCCCGUGGCACCCCCGAGCAAACGGCAGUGUCGCUCCCUGUCCUUCUCUGAUGAGUACAGUGGCUGCCGCUCAUCCUGGAGGCCCCAGGGCUCCCGGGUGUGGACAGCGGUGGAGAAACGAAGGUGCCACAGUGGCGGGAGUGUUCGAGGAGGAGGGGGUUUCACCGGUGGUCAUUUCCCCACCAUUCAGCGUAGCUCCAGCUUCAGUUUGCCCUCGUGCUCCAGCCUCCCUUCAGAUGGAGGCCUGGACUUGCCGUUCUUUAACCAGCGACUGCCUCUGCACCCUCAGUUCACUGCCUCUCCAGUCUCCCCCACCUCCCCCUACUCGCAUCAUCACCACUCCAGCCAUCACCACUUCCUCAGGCCCCUCUCCCUGUCCCACGAACAAAUCAGCCUGCCAGAGCUUCAGGGGGAAGAGGCGUCGGAGGCCAGCUCUACAGACUCCACCCCAGAGCUGGGGAGGCGAGCCGGCCAGAGGGCUGGGGGCACGGGGUUUCUAUCUCGGAGCCGGUCCCAGCCGUGUGUGCUCAACGACAAAAAGAUCGGUAUGAAGCGCAGGAGACCAGAAGAUGCCCAGGAGCAGCGGCCCUCUCUGGACCUGGCAAAGAUGACUCAGAAACUCCAGACCUUUCAGAGCUUGAGUUGCCCCGGGUUCUCAGCCGCCGACGGCCGCCAGUCCAGCCUCCGACUUCCCUCCACUGAGACCUCCAGCCAGCCAGAUUCAGACUUCAUCACCUUGUGCGAACCAGGGCUGGAGUCCCCCCAAGAAGUGGCUGGAGAUGACGAGGAGGAGGACUCAUCCUACGAGGAGCUGGACAGUGAUUCGGCCUGCAGCGUGGACUCGCGGCCCGGCUCUCCUGACGCUGUCAUGGCCGACAAACGCACCCUCUGGAAGGGUGAUCGCAUGACGCAGAGGGACAUUUUCCAGCUGGGAGGAGAGCUGGAUCUGGACCAGAUUGAAAGAAACUGAACACUUUACAGGAAGUUUUGAAAGACUGUGUGUGUGGACUGAUGCAGGAAAUGCACAAUGUACCAAAAGAUGGCUCUUAAGACGGCUUUGUGAGAAAUGAAGAGGAGGAGGGUAUUUUUGAAAGGGAAAGAUGACAGAAAGUCUAGAAAAGUGAUAAAGAUGAUAAAGGAAUAAGUACGUGGCUUCUCGAUGACACAUUUGCCUUGAACAUUCUUACUGUUUGAAUCAAAAAACAGUGACUGUUAGAUUUAUUUGUUGACGAGGGGAAAUCAGCUUAACUCAGGAGUGGGAAAGUGAGGGUUAGUCUUAAGAGAACUUCCUAGCCCCUGCUGUCAUUUCGACCUGAUGACCUUUCCACAGUCAGCUAACCGUAGCUUUGUAGUACUGUAGCAGUAGCUCGGCUCCUCUGUAUUUAGCUCGAGUUUGUUUUUUGGAGAAAGUGGGAGUGUCAAGGUUUAAAAAAACAGCGUCUAAGAAGCGUCUUCUCACAGGCCUGCCCUUGACCUUCCUCUUUGUCUUUUGUGCACACAUGAAAAUCUGUUUUUCUUUCGCUGAAUGUAGCCUCGGUAAGCUUUAUGAGGAGUUGACAGACAGAAAUUAACAGUGCCUUCUUUCAGAUGCUCGCUCUCCCGGUUGUGUCUUCAAGAAACUGGCCUCAAUCCAAGCCACCAUUUCUGAUUUUUGUAGUUUCUUAAUAUGCAAAUUGUAUAUUUGAAUUAAACACUGAAUCUCAAGUUUUCAGUCCUAAUAUCAGUGUAUAUUUUUCUAAGUAAGUGUUUUUUAUGAGCUGUGUUGUGAAGGAGCAAGAAUACAAGGACUUUCUUCUGACAGAAUGGACAUGAAAUAAAUGUACAAGCUGCACCCGUA